AUCACCUAUCCCAAUCCUAAUCCUUCACAUGCAAACAUUGCAAACACGCUUUAUUCAACCAUCAAUCAUCAACCUAUAUAACAAAACCAUCGUAUCUAUAAUCCUUAUCCUUCUCACUGCAACCCCAACCACGUAAGCAUAUUUCUAUUUUCUCACUAUUCUUAGCCAUCCAUGGACGCCACUUCUUUUUCUUCUUCUGACAUCACCACUCUCCACCCCGACAUCAUUCGAUCCCACAUCCUUAAUCGCCUCGACGGCCCCACCCUCGCCUCCGCAUCCUCCGCCACCCUCCACCUCCGCCGUCUCUGCACCGAUCACAACCUCUGGCGGACCAUCUGCGCCGCCUCCUGGCCCUCUCUCAACCAACCCCACGCCUCUUCCCUCAUCGAUACCUUCCCCGCUGCCCACCGCUCUGUCUUUUCCGACUCUUUUCCCUCCAUCCAAUACUCCCCUCCUCCCCACCCCAACCCACCGCAGUUGCCGCCGGAGUUUGUAUCCGCCGUGGACCUCUACUACAAGGGCAGACCCGUCUUUUCGCGUGUCAUCACGACCGAAACCCACAAGGGUUGGUUCCUCUCCUCCCCGCUCUGGGUGGAACUCCUCGACCCCAACGAGGUGGUCCCCACUCCCUUGAUAUUCGCGAAGUGCGAUGAGGAAUCUUCGUGGCUGGCACACCUGGAGGAGAAUCUGGGGCUGAGCUGGAUCGUCAUCGACCCGACGCGGAAGCGUGCGGUGAACCUCUCGAGCCGGCGGCCGGUGGCGGCGCGGCGGCACUGGCUGACGGGGGAUCUGGAGGUUAUUUUCGCGGUGACCAUGGAGACGGUCCAGUGGGUUAUCAGGGUCACGUGCUGCGGGAAGGCCGGAGGCGCUAUGCACGUGAGGGAGGCGAGUCUGACGAUGGAGGACACGGAAGGGAGACACGUGACCGGCAGGGACAGCUUCGUGAUUUUGCAAGACGCCAUGGAGAACGGCGAGCGACGAAAACCCGAUCCCGAAGAAGCCAAAGCAAGGUUCGAUAAAUUUUGCCGCUUGAAGAGAGAGAUCAGAGAGAGAAAACUACGGAGAGACAGUGUAAUGGACACGGUUGCCAUGUUGGUCUCUUUCACCAUUUUCGUUUCCCUCUUUUGGUUCAUGGUCUUUGGUUUUUGACCCAAAAAAAAAAACAGUUCUUGAGGUUGUUGUUUGGGUUUGGUCGGUUGUACUUACGCAAGCUUGGACGGAAAAGGAAAAGAAAAAAGAGACAGCUGAAAAGAAACGUUAAAAGGGAGAAGAUAUACAGCAUAUACGA